UGGCUGGCUGUACUAGAAUGCCCCUGCACAUUCCCAACAAGUGCCUUCAACACGGUCAUGUUGAAUCUGAUCAAGAAUCCAAACAUCACUUCCAGUCACCUCUUCCGAGCCGACAUCUUCUACGACAGCGAAAACGAUCACUCAUUCAAUCCAGACGACGCCGCGGAUCCUUACCGAGAAGGGCUUGUCAAACAUCUCAAGACAGAUCUUCAACCAACAAAGGCAACAUGGCCAGACUUCCUCCUGGAGCGUACAAUAGUGCGGCAGCUGAUACCGAGAAAUCCUCAACUCGACAAGCCCCUCGUACAGACUUGCCACAUCUUCCGGCAGUACAGCUGCGAUGGUAAUCGGACUCUAGAACGAACGCUCGUCCUCUAUAUUCCACAUGUUCUCAAGCUUGAGGAUAUGCCAUUCUAUCAUCCGACCGUCUCGCAGCUUGCGUUCCUGCACACGUGGCGGAGCAACUCAUCGACCAGUCCUGGCACGCCCACACUGGACGAACCGGAGAAGUCACCGGGCACACUCACACUUCUCUAUCGCCUCUUCCCCAACGAGCAACUAUCCACCAAACUCGAACGCACAGCUCUCAAGCUCCUUCAAACCAUUCACAAGCAUGGUCAGGGGCAAUUGACAGGCUACGAAAAACGAGUCCAUCAUGACCAACUGAUCCCUCAAAAGCGCUACCAAGACACAUAUACACGCUUGAAAACCACAUAUGGGAGAUAUCUGAGUGAGAAUUGGGUCGAAGUCACAGAUCCUGGAAAACACGUCUUCGAAGAUAUUGCCAUUGCAGCUUUUCUCAUCGAGCUCUGGAGAGACAUCACACAGGAAACCAGCAGCAGCAGCAACUCAACAAACUUACCGCCAUUCCCAGGCUUCAUCGACAUUGGCUGCGGAAACGGUCUUCUCACGUAUAUCCUCCUCUCAGAAGGCUACGAGGGUUCAGGUUUCGAUGCGCGUCAACGCAAAACUUGGACAAUUUUUCCCCCGGACAUUCAAUCACAACUUCACCAACAGAUUCUCGUUCCGAGAAUCUUUCAAACUGUUUAUCAGCAGCAGCAGCAGCAGCAGCAAAUUAACAACAACAACGAUAUCGACAAUACCGACAACACCGAUGAUGAAGUCCUCAAACCUAGAGGAAAAUUCAUCAUCUCCAACCACGCCGACGAACUCACCGCAUGGACUCCCCUCCUAGCCUAUCUGAACAAAUCCUCCUUCAUCGCAAUCCCCUGUUGUUCUCACGACUUGAGCGGUGCGAGAUUUCGCGCGCCGGAAGCUACAGCUACUUGCAUGGCACGAAGACGAGCGGAAAAGAUGGCCUCUGCAUAUUCGACGCUGUGUGCAUAUGUGAAUAGUCUGGCAGAAGAAAUGGGGUUCGAGACGGAAAGUGAUGUUUUGAGGAUACCCAGUACGAGGAACACGUGUAUUUUGGGUAAA